AUGCCUGCUGACAAGGGGAAGAAGGUGGAUGACAAUGAGCCGGUUACUCCGGUUGCGGGAAGUUCGGGACUAUCUCUGGACGAAAAGCUUGCUGCGCUUGCCUUGGCGAAUGAUAAUGGUCUUGAUGACGAGUUCUCGGAUGAUGACUCUGACACCGAGCUGGAGUUUGAAGUCUCCAAGGAUUCCACUGCGACACUCCAAUUCACCUUUUUCUCGCAAGCGCACCAAGAGAGCUCACGGAUCGACCGGGCGCUGGUCUCUCAAUCCUUGCUUCCGCGCCUGGUGAUCGCUGAGCACGUUUCGCCAGAUGAACCAGUCUCCGACCACGGCUUUGCCAUCCGGGUGACUUUCAAGCUUAAGUCACAACUGAAGCUGGGGCCGGGAGUAUGGCGUCUUCAUCCUUCACUGUUGGGCAGACCCGGGGCUAAGAAGAAGAUUGAGGAAGUGGUGCGGAUAGUUGAACAGAACGGAGGGAGCUUCACGUCCCUUAUCUCUCGCCUGAACUCCAGUCUGAGGGCAUACGCUAAAGAGGAGAGCAAGAGAAUACGCGCGACUAUUGCUCACCUUACCUCGGCGGUGGCUUCUCUACGGCAAGAGUUCAUGCGCAACCCGAAAGACUUAAUGCUGAGAGAAAAGCUGAGGAAGCGUGAGCAGCAGCUCAAGGAGUAUUUCGCAGGGCGGAGAGAAAGGAUGAGUAUCAUGGCUGGGUUGGAGCUGGCGUUGUCUGGAGAGGUUCCAUCACCUCACUUGUCGGCGCGGAUUAAGACGCGGAAGUCCAGAACACAAAUUGCGGAGGUUGCUGUUCCCGGGGGGGUGGUAUCGGGGCCGAAGCAGAUACUAAAAGCGGCGUCUGGCUACUUUCGUAGCCUUUUCGGUGAAGAUAAGCGCACUGCGAUCUCUGACUGGGUACCCGCUGCAGGAAAGAAGCUAAUGUAUUCCGACACUGAGAUGCUGCAAGAGGAGUGGACGGAGAAGGAGGUCAGAACAACAUUACAUGAGAUGGCGAGCAACAAAACGCCGGGGAAGGAUGGCUUACCAAAGGAAGUGUUUGAGCUGCACUGGGACAAGCUUGGGAAGCAUGUCAUGGAGCUGGUCCGGGAGUUCAGCCAGUCCUCUUCACUCCCUACCAGUGUUAAGGAUGCGGUGACGAUCCUUCUGCACAAAAAGGGAGCGAAGGAGCAGUUAGAUAACUACCGUCCCAUCACGCUGCUGAACAUCAGCUAUAAGCUACUGGCGCGAGUUCUGGCGAGCAGAAUUAAAAAGGUCCUGCACAGGGUGAUUUCACGGGAGCAGUUUGGCUUUAUCCCGGGAAGGCGCAUCUCGGAUGCGGUGGGUUUGGUCGCUGAUGUCAUCGAUGCAGCCAGAAAUGGGAACGAAGACUGGUACAUGCUGCUCGUCGAUUUUAAAAAAGCGUUCGACUUGGUGUCUCGGAACUUCAUCCUUGAGGUGAUGGAGAAAAUGGGGUUCCCGGCCCGCUAUGUUGGAUGGGUGAGAGGCCUGCACAUGAACACGAGAACGAACUUGUUGAUCAACGGCUGGUUGGGUGACGCGGUGGAAGUAGUCUCGGGGGUCAGGCAAGGCUGCCCCUUGGCAUCUUACCUCUUCCUCUGUGCAGUGGAACCACUGGCGCAGAUGGUCAUGAAGCGGAAGCUGGGUAUCUCCCUCACCAGCUGCGUCGGGCAGAAGCUGUCAUAUGUCGGUUAUGCUGACGAUACAACUCUCCUUCUGCAAGGGAAGCAACAAAUUGGCAGGGCGGAAGAGGAGUUGGAGAAGUUUAAGAAUAUUUCCGGCCUGGAGAUGAACGUGGACAAGUCAGUGGUGAUGCCCUUAGGGGCUAACCUGGGGAAAAAGUCUUGGCGCUCGGAUGGUUUUCGCUGGGCGGAGAAAGAUGAAGCGGAAAGGCUCCUAGGGGUUUGGAUUACGCCGAGCGGAAGCUGCCAGCCGACAUGGGAUAAGGCGCUGCAGAAGAUGGUUGCGAAGAUGUCGUUAUGGCAGCCGCAAUAUCUCCCGAUUAAGGCUCGGACGGCGGUGAUGGACGGCUACAUACUGCCGAUCGCAUGGUCGCAGGCGCAGGUCUAUCCUCCUCCGGCGCAAACCUGGGGGGUCAUUACUAAGAUGACUCACAACUUCAUGUCAGCCAACAAAGCUUCAUCGGAGAACUGUUUCCGUCUCUGGAGCAAGGAACUGCUAUUUACGCCGGUUCUGGAAGGAGGUGUGGGGGCGAUGAACCCAGAAGCGAUGCUUACCUGUCUGACGGCUCGGAGGAUAGCGUUGACGCUCACGGAAACAGAUCAGCUGAAGAGAGCAUUGAUGCGGCAAGCGGCUGACCUACCACGUGGGCUGGAGACUUUCGCGGCACAUGUGAAGCUACUAAAAACAUGGGAGGGGAAAAGCCAGAGGUGGAUGUUGGCAUGCGCGAACUUCAUGCACUCUCCGCUGGCGGAUUCUACUGAACAACGGGAUUUGAAGGAGCUGUUGCUGGAGAGAAUCACUUUUAACAGACACGUCCUCUUGAACGGCUCCACACCGGUGGGAGGACAGAAGGCGGUGAAGCAGCUUCAUAAUAUCAGGUUGGGUGACCUUCUUGGGAGAGAUACGGCAGGGCGAGGAGUGCUGAAAAGCUGUGAAACCCUAACGAGGGAGCUGAGAGGGAAGGAUUCUGCAAACCUCGCGCUCAAAGCUUUUGCUGCAGCACCGGCGUCAUGGAGGAGUCAACUCCUCUCUGACGUGCUUCCGAACGUGGGGUUCGCGGAGGAGUAUGAGCUGGGGAGAGGGGGACCUUCACAGCUCCGGAUGAAGCUGCUAGCGGAAGGGGGGGCAGUUCCACUAAAGACACUCAGGAAGCACUGGAGGCUUGGGGACAGUGGAAAAACUAGACGGGAGAGAUGGGCAAGCCGUUGGGGGGGUAGCAUUGAUUGGAAACGGGCAGUCCAAAUUCGCGAGUCGCUGGUCACCCCCAGCCGGUCGAGGGAUGUCUUGCUACGUAUCCACUGCCUUAAUCUUCAGGUCGGGGAGAGGCUGGAGUUCCUCAGCAGCAAACCGGUUUGCCCUCACUGUGGAGGGUUUGAGACGUUAGAGCACUGCUUUUAG